UUUUUGAAAUUUUGGAAUUUUUUUGCUGAAUUUUUGGAUUUUUUUUCAGACAAGGGAACAAUAUUUUUUGGUGCCCGUAAAUGAAGACAACAGGAGGGCUGAAUAUCGUUGUUUCAUGAUUGUCAUCCUGUAUUUCUGUCUUUGCAGCAUCGUAUCCAGCAGCUGAGACUUCGUGAAAGGCGAGAACAUCAUGUUUUAGUGGGAAAACCUCUCCCUGCUGCUUCACACAAGGACAUGCUGAUCUCACUCUGCCAGACUCUGCUCGUCUACGUUCCCCUUCUGUGGUUUGUGACCGACGGGAUGCCCGACCCCGCUCAGAGGGACUCACUGAUACGUCAGGAGGCGUCCAGACAGACGGGAGGAAGAGUGAUCCUGACGGCGGCCGAGCAGAAGCUGGACUCUUACCUCCACCGGUUGAAGGAGCAGGAGAUGUCUGCUGCUCCGUUCCCUCCUGCCAUCCACUUCUUCAAAGCAAAGCCUCUCAUCCAGACGAGCUCAGUCUUCAAACUGCUGCAGAAGAUGCCAAAAGGUGCAGCCCUCCACAUCCACAGCUCGUCUCUGGUCAGCGCUGAAUGGCUGGUGAAGAACGUCACCUACAGACCUCACUGCUACAUCUGCUUCACCUGGGACAACUCGGUCCGCUUCCUGUUCUCCGACCGCCAGCCUUUCCCACGAUGGGACUGCUUCUACUGGCAGCUGCUCCAGACUUUGAGAGCCAAAAUGGGAGACCUUGUAGCCUUUGACAACAGUUUGAUGCAGCGCCUCACGCUGUUUACAGAGGAUCCAGACGGUGAAUAUCCAAGCCAAGAUGUUGUGUGGGAGAAGUUUGAGAAAGCCUUUAUCGCAGCUGCAGGGCUGAUUACACAUGCGCCGGUGCUGAGGGACUACUACUAUAAGGGCCUGGAUGAACUUCACCACGACAACGUCCUGUAUCUGGAACUAAGGAGCGGUCUUUCGAGGACGUAUGAACUUGACGGAACCAUCCAUGAUAAGGUGUGGGCUCUGAAAACGUUUCAAGAAGUCACAAAGAAAUUUACGGGAGAUCAUCCGGACUUUCUCGGAGCCCGAAUCAUCAUUUCUGUCCACAGGGCUCUGACUGUAUCUGAGGUCAAAGCAGCUAUAAAAGAGGCCAUUCAGCUGCAAAAGGACUUUCCAGAUGUUGUUGCAGGAUUUGACAUGGUCGGCCGGGAGGACAGUGGAGGGACCCUUUGGUUCUUCAGAGAGGCUCUUUCUCUGCCAGCUGAACUUGGUGUCACAUUGCCGUACUUCUUUCAUGCAGGGGAAACAGAUGACGACGGCUCCAACGUCGAUCAAAACAUUCUUGACGCCCUUCUUUUCAACACCACUCGCAUUGGACACGGCUUCGCUUUGGCUCACCAUCCACUGGCCAAAGAGCUUUCCAGGAAAAGAAAUGUUGCUGUGGAGCUUUGUCCCAUCUCAAACCAGGUGCUGAAGCUGGUAUCAGAUCUGAGGAACCACCCUGCAGCGGUGCUGAUGUCUGAGGGCCACCCUAUGGUGAUCAGCUCGGAUGACCCGUCUCUGUUCGGCACCACAGGCCUCUCCUACGACUUUUAUCAAGCAUUUGUGGGCAUCGGAGGACUGAAAGCAAACCUUGGUACGCUGAAAGAGCUGGCUGUCAACUCUAUCAGGUCAGAAUUAAUAAAUUUUAUUUCUUUCAUGUCCAUGUUUUCAUGUUCAGUUCUCACAGAAACACUUAACACACCUCAUAUAACACUAAGAAUACAUUUUUAUUAGCACCUGACCAACACUGGAAUGUUGGGACUGAUACCGAUACUGGUUUUUGUGAUAUUUUGGACAACAUACUAAACUACGAACUUUUUUUUUCCCACAUUUUGGACAACAUACUAAACUAUGACGUUUUUUUCCCCACAUUUUGGACGACAUACUAAACUAUGACGUUUUUUGUCAUGUUUUGCACGACACACUAAACUGAUGUUUUUGUCAUAUUUUGGACGAGAUACUAAACUAUGAUGUUUUUUUCCACAUUUUGGACGACAUGCUAAACUAUGACAUUUUUUGGUCAUAUUUUGGACGACAUACUGAACUAUGACGUUUUUGUCAUAUUUUGGACGAGAUACUAAACUAUGAUGUUUUUUUCCACAUUUUGGACGACAUGCUAAACUAUGACAUUUUUUGUCAUAUUUUGGACGACAUGCUAAACUAUGACGUUUUUGUCAUAUUUUGGACGACAUACUAAACUAUGACGUUUUUGUCAUGUUUUGGACGACAUACUAAACUAUGUCGUUUUUUGUCAUAUUUUGGACGACAUGCUAAACUAUGACGUUUUUGUCAUAUUUUGGACGACACACUAAACUAUGACGUUUUUGUCAUGUUUUGGACGACAUACUAAACUAUGUCGUUUUUUGUCAUAUUUUGGACGACAUGCUAAACUAUGACGUUUAUUGUCAUAUUUUGGACGACAUGCUAAACUAUGACAUUUUUUUCCACAUUUUGGACGACACACUAAACUAUGACGUUUUUGUCAUGUUUUGGACGACAUACUAAACUAUGACGUUUUUUCCACAUUUUGGACGACAUACAAAACUAUGUCGUUUUUUUUCCACAUUUUGGACAACAUGCUAAACUAUGACAUUUUUUUGUCAUAUUUUGGACGACAUGCUAAACUAUGACGUUUUUGUCAUAUUUUGGACGACAUACUAAACUAUGACGUUUUUGUCAUAUUUUGGACGAGAUACUAAACUAUGAUGUUUUUUUCCACAUUUUGGACGACAUGCUAAACUAUGACGUUUUUGUUCAUAUUUUGGACGACAUGCUAAACUAUGACAUUUUUUGUCAUAUUUUGGACGACAUGCUAAACUAUGACGUUUUUGUCAUAUUUUGGACGACAUACUAAACUAUGACGUUUUUGUCAUGUUUUGGACGACACACUAAACUAUGACGUUUUUGUCAUGUUUUGGACGACAUACUAAACUAUGUCGUUUUUUGUCAUAUUUUGGACGACAUGCUAAACUAUGACGUUUAUUGUCAUAUUUUGGACGACAUGCUAAACUAUGACAUUUUUUUCCACAUUUUGGACGACACACUAAACUAUGACGUUUUUGUCAUGUUUUGGACGACAUACUAAACUAUGACGUUUUUUCCACAUUUUGGACGACAUACAAAACUAUGUCGUUUUUUUUCCACAUUUUGGACAACAUGCUAAACUAUGACAUUUUUUUGUCAUAUUUUGGACGACAUGCUAAACUAUGAUGUUUUUGUCAUAUUUUGGACGACAUACUAAACUGACGUUUUUGUCAUAUUUUGGACGAGAUACUAAACUAUGAUGUUUUUUUCCACAUUUUGGACGACAUGCUAAACUAUGAUGUUUUUGGUCAUAUUUUGGACGACAUGCUAAACUAUGACAUUUUUGUCAUAUUUUGGACGACAUGCUAAAAUAUGAUGUUUUUGUCGUGUUUUGGACGACAUACUAAACUAUGACGUUUUUGUCAUGUUUUGGACGACACACUAAACUAUGACGUUUUUGUCAUGUUUUGGACGACAUACUAAACUAUGUCGUUUUUUGUCAUAUUUUGGACGACAUGCUAAACUAUGACGUUUAUUGUCAUAUUUUGGACGACAUGCUAAACUAUGACAUUUUUUCCACAUUUUGGACGACACACUAAACUAUGACGUUUUUGUCAUGUUUUGGACGACAUACUAAACUAUGACGUUUUUUCCACAUUUUGGACGACAUACAAAACUAUGUCGUUUUUUUUCCACAUUUUGGACAACAUGCUAAACUAUGACAUUUUUUUGUCAUAUUUUGGACGACAUGCUAAACUAUGAUGUUUUUGUCAUAUUUUGGACGACAUACUAAACUGACGUUUUUGUCAUAUUUUGGACGAGAUACUAAACUAUGAUGUUUUUUUCCACAUUUUGGACGACAUGCUAAACUAUGAUGUUUUUGGUCAUAUUUUGGACGACAUGCUAAACUAUGACAUUUUUGUCAUAUUUUGGACGACAUGCUAAAAUAUGAUGUUUUUGUCGUGUUUUGGACGACAUACUAAACUAUGACGUUUUUGUCAUGUUUUGGACGACACACUAAACUAUGACGUUUUUGUCAUGUUUUGGACGACAUACUAAACUAUGUCGUUUUUUGUCAUAUUUUGGACGACAUGCUAAACUAUGACGUUUAUUGUCAUAUUUUGGACGACAUGCUAAACUAUGACAUUUUUUUCCACAUUUUGGACGACACACUAAACUAUGACGUUUUUGUCAUGUUUUGGACGACAUACUAAACUAUGACGUUUUUUCCACAUUUUGGACGACAUACAAAACUAUGUCGUUUUUUUUCCACAUUUUGGACAACAUGCUAAACUAUGACAUUUUUUUGUCAUAUUUUGGACGACAUGCUAAACUAUGAUGUUUUUGUCAUAUUUUGGACGACAUACUAAACUGACGUUUUUGUCAUAUUUUGGACGAGAUACUAAACUAUGAUGUUUUUUUCCACAUUUUGGACGACAUGCUAAACUAUGAUGUUUUUGGUCAUAUUUUGGACGACAUGCUAAAAUAUGAUGUUUUUGUCGUGUUUUGGACGACAUACUAAACUAUGACAUUUUUGUCAUAUUUUGGACGACAUACUAAACUAUGUCGUUUUUGUCAUAUUUUGGACGACAUGCUAAAAUAUUAUGUUUUUGUCGUGUUUUGGACGACAUACUAAACUAUGACAUUUUUGUCAUAUUUUGGACGACAUACUAAACUAUGACGUUUUUGUCAUAUUUUGGACGACAUGCUAAACUAUGACAUUUUUGUCAUAUUUUGGACGACAUACUAAACUAUGUUUUUGUCAUAUUUUGGACGACAUGCUAAAAUAUGAUGUUUUUGUCGUGUUUUGGACGACAUACUAAACUAUUAUGCUUUUGUCAUGUUUUGGACGACAUACUAAACUAUGACGUUUUUUGUCAUAUUUUGGACGACAUACUAAACUAUGUCGUUUUUGUCAUAUUUUGGACGACAUACUAAACUAUGACGUUUUUGUCAUAUUUUGGACGACAUACUAAACUAUGUCGUUUUUGUCAUAUUUUGGACGACAUACUAAACUCUGACGUUUUUGUCAUAUUUUGGACGACAUACUAAACUAUGACGUUUUUGGUCAUGUUUUGGACGACAUGCUAAACUGUCGUUUUUUUCCACAUUUUGGACAUCAUGCUAAACUAUGACAUUUUUUUGUCAUAUUUUGGACGACAUGCUAAACUAUGACGUUUUUGUCAUAUUUUGGACGAGAUACUAAACUAUGAUGUUUUUUUCCACAUUUUGGACGACAUGCUAAACUAUGACAUUUUUUGUCAUAUUUUGGACGACAUGCUAAACUAUGACGUUUUUGGUCAUAUUUUGGACGACAUGCUAAACUAUGACAUUUUUUGUCAUAUUUUGGACGACAUGCUAAACUAUGACGUUUUUUGUCAUGUUUUGGACGACAUACGAAACUAUGACGUUUUUGUCAUAUUUUGGAUGACAUACUAAACUAUGAUGUUUUUUUCCACAUUUUGGACGACAUGCUAAACUAUGGCGUUUUUGUUCAUAUUUUGGACGACAUGCUAAACUAUGACAUUUUUUGUCGUGUUUUGGACGACAUACUAAACUAUGACAUUUUUUGUCAUAUUUUGGACGACAUACUAAACUAUGUCGUUUUUGUCAUAUUUUGGACGACAUACUAAACUAUGACGUUUUUUGUCAUGUUUUGGACGACAUACGAAACUGUCGUUUUUUUCCACAUUUUGGACAUCAUGCUAAACUAUGACAUUUUUUUGUCAUAUUUUGGACGACAUGCUAAACUAUGACGUUUUUGUCAUGUUUUGGACGACAUAGUAAACUAUGACGUUUUUUCCACAUUUUGGACGACAUAGUAAACUAUGUCGUUUUUGUAAUAUUUUGGACGACAUACUAAACUAUGUCGUUUUUGUCAUAUUUUGGACGACAUACUAAACUAUGACGUUUUUUGUCAUGUUUUGCACGACACACUAAACUAUGAUGUUUUUUGUCAUAUUUUGGACGACAUGCUAAACUAUGACGUUUUUUGUAAUAUUUUGGACGACACGCUAAACUAUGAUGUUUUUGUCAUAUUUUGGACGACAUACUAAACUAUGACGUUUUUUGUCAUAUUUUGGACGACAUGCUAAACUAUGACGUUUAUUGUCAUAUUUUGUACGACAUGCUAAACUAUGACAUUUUUUUCCACAUUUUGGACAACAUGCUAAACUAUGACAUUUUUUUGUCAUACUUUGGACGACAUGCUAAACUAUGACGUUUUUGUCAUAUUUUGGACGACAUACUAAACUAUGACGUUUUUGUCAUAUUUUGGAUGACAUACUAAACUAUGAUGUUUUUUUCCACAUUUUGGACGACAUGCUAAACUAUGGCGUUUUUGUUCAUAUUUUGGACGACAUGCUAAACUAUGACAUUUUUUGUCAUAUUUUGGACGACAUGCUAAACUAUGACGUUUUUGUCAUAUUUUGGACGACAUACUAAACUAUGAUGUUUUUGUCAUAUUUUGGACGACACACUAAACUAUGACGUUUUUGUCAUGUUUUGGACGACACACUAAACUAUGUCGUUUUUGUCAUAUUUUGGACGACAUGCUAAACUAUGACAUUUUUUGUCAUAUUUUGGACGACAUGCUAAACUAUGACGUUUUUUGUCAUGUUUUGGACGACAUACGAAACUGUCGUUUUUUUCCACAUUUUGGACAACAUGCUAAACUAUGACAUUUUUUUGUCAUAUUUUGGACGACAUGCUAAACUAUGACGUUUUUGGUCAUAUUUUGGACGACAUACUAAACUAUGUCGUUUUUGUCAUAUUUUGGACGACAUACUAAACUAUGACGUUUUUUGUCAUGUUUUGCACGACACACUAAACUAUGAUGUUUUUUGUCAUAUUUUGGACGACAUGCUAAACUAUGACGUUUUUUGUAAUAUUUUGGACGACACGCUAAACUAUGAUGUUUUUGUCAUAUUUUGGACGACAUACUAAACUAUGACGUUUAUUGUCAUAUUUUGUACGACAUGCUAAACUAUGACAUUUUUUUCCACAUUUUGGACAACAUGCUAAACUAUGACAUUUUUUUGUCAUAUUUUGGACGACAUGCUAAACUAUGACGUUUUUGUCAUAUUUUGGACGACAUACUAAACUAUGACGUUUUUGUCAUAUUUUGGACGACAUACUAAACUAUGAUGUUUUUUUCCACAUUUUGGACGACAUGCUAAACUAUGGCGUUUUUGUUCAUAUUUUGGACGACAUGCUAAACUAUGACAUUUUUUGUCAUAUUUUGGACGACAUGCUAAACUAUGACGUUUUUGUCAUAUUUUGGAUGACAUACUAAACUAUGAUGUUUUUGUCAUAUUUUGGACGACACACUAAACUAUGACGUUUUUGUCAUGUUUUGGACGACAUACUAAACUAUGUCGUUUUUUGUCAUAUUUUGGACGACAUGCUAAACUAUGACGUUUUUUGUCAUAUUUUGGACGACAUGCUAAACUAUGACGUUUUUUGUCAUGUUUUGGACGACAUACGAAACUGUCGUUUUUUUCCACAUUUUGGACAACAUGCUAAACUAUGACAUUUUUUUGUCAUAUUUUGGACGACAUGCUAAACUACGACGUUUUUGUCAUAUUUUGGACGACAUGCUAAACUAUGUCGUUUUUGUCAUGUUUUGGACGACAUACUAAACUAUGACGUUUUUGUCAUAUUUUGGACGACAUACUAAACUAUGACGUUUUUUGUCAUAUUUUGGACGACAUGCUAAACUAUGACAUUUUUUGUCAUGUUUUGGACGACAUACGAAACUGUCGUUUUUUUCCACAUUUUGGACAUCAUGCUAAACUAUGACAUUUUUUUGUCAUAUUUUGGACGACAUGCUAAACUAUGACGUUUUUGUCAUGUUUUGGACGACAUAGUAAACUAUGACGUUUUUUCCACAUUUUGGACGACAUAGUAAACUAUGUCGUUUUUGUAAUAUUUUGGACGACAUACUAAACUAUGACGUUUUUUGUCAUGUUUUGCACGACACACUAAACUAUGAUGUUUUUUGUCAUAUUUUGGACGACAUGCUAAACUAUGACGUUUUUUGUAAUAUUUUGGACGACACGCUAAACUAUGAUGUUUUUGUCAUAUUUUGGACGACAUGCUAAACUAUGACAUUUUUUUCCACAUUUUGGACAACAUGCUAAACUAUGACAUUUUUUGUCAUAUUUUGGACGACAUGCUAAACUAUGACGUUUUUGUCAUAUUUUGGACGACAUACUAAACUAUGACGUUUUUGUCAUAUUUUGGACGACAUGCUAAACUAUGACAUUUUUUGUCAUAUUUUGGACGACAUGCUAAACUAUGAUGUUUUUGUCAUAUUUUGGACGACAUGCUAAACUAUGAUGUUUUUGUCAUAUUUUGGACGACAUGCUAAACUAUGACAUUUUUGUCAUAUUUUGGACGACAUACUAAACUAUGUCGUUUUUGUCAUAUUUUGGACGACAUACUAAACUAUGACGUUUUUGUCAUAUUUUGGACGACAUGCUAAACUGUCGUUUUUUCCCACAUUUUGGACAUCAUGCUAAACUAUGACAUUUUUUGUCAUAUUUUGGACGACAUACUAAACUGUGGAGCUUUUUGUCCAUUAUUGGAUGACUUACUAAAUAAACUGAUGUUUUUUGUACAUUUUCCGGCGACAUACAAAAUUGUGAAAAUUUUGUGCAUUUUUUGACAUCAUAGUAAGCGAUGACGUUUUUUGUCCAUUUUCGGACGGCAUACUCGACUGACAUUUUUGUCAUAUUUUGUACAACAUUUUAAACUAUAUUUCAGACUUUUUGUGCCAUUCUUGUUGCCCCCUCCAAAGAGUUGAGUUGACAGCUUCUGUUUAAUAGCAUGUGACAGUCCUGUCUGAUAUCAAGCUGUCUUUGUACUGCUAUGAAGAUUGAUGUCUUAGGUCACAAAAUAAUCUCGUGUUUACUUGAUUAAUAAAUGUUUUUG